AGUGUAGUCGGACCGAAUAGACGUGUCAGUGCUGCCAACGUAACGCGGCGCUGCCAACGUUCCGCGAUCGUUUACUUUGGUGUUUAUUUUGUGAAGUGCUGUGUUACAUAUUGUGUUUAUACCGGAUAUUAAUAAAGUUAUAUUGGAUUUAAAGAUUUUCCGCUGCUCCAACAACACUUUCAAGAAUGCCGUAAAGUAAUAUGACUUCAGCGACACCUUGACACCAUGGCGACGCGGGCUCUGUUACUGCUUUCAGUUCUCUUGGCAGCCGCUAUACCUGGUCGGUGUGCCCACAGACAUGGUCAUGACGUCACCACGGAACUGCCCGAACAAUUGGACGCGCAUCACGACAACACCUCACACCAUGGAAAGGAUCGCGGAGGAUGGUCUCAAUGGAGCGAGUGGUCACUGUGCUCUAGGACCUGUGACGGCGGUAUCUCUCGUCAGCUAAGAACCUGUUCAUCACCAGCUGGCUGCAGAGGGGAACCAGUUAGAUACAAGAUAUGCAACAUGCAGCCAUGUCGCGGUAAUGUUUCACUUCUAGAAGAGGAUAUAUGGAGGGAACAAGAGUGCAGUUCUCAUGAUAACACUCCCUAUGGAGGAGAAUUGUUUCAUUGGAGAUCUCAUAGAGACGACGAUGAACCGUGCGCUCUAACGUGUCGUGGUACGCCACAGCAUUCUGGACAAAGCCCUGAACCGACCAUGGCUCUGGAUGAGGAGGAACGAGUGGUGGUGGCAGUUCUAGCAGCCCGAGUAUCUGACGGUACCCGAUGUAGACCUGGGAGCUUAGAUAUGUGCAUUGACGGCCGAUGUCAGCGUGUUGGCUGUGACUUGCGAGUCGGUUCUACUCGUCGAGUCGAUGAAUGCGGUGUUUGUGGUGGGGACGGGUCAUCAUGUUCGAGACCAAGAUACCACUGGCUUUCAACUCCAGGAUCCUUGUGCUCCGCUACAUGUGGUGGUGGUUAUAAAAUGUCUCUGGCCGUGUGUCGUGACCGACUAACUGGGUUGGAUGCACCCGAGGAACUCUGCGAUGGCUCCAGAAAACCAGCAUCAGCCGUGGUGCGAUGUAAUACACAUCCCUGUCCAUUCAAGUGGUAUGUGGGCGAGUGGUCAUCUUGCAGCGUGACGUGUGGAGGAGGUGUACGGUCACGGCGAGUGUUGUGCGCGAGAUCUGCCAAUGUUACGAGGACAGACACUUACGAUCCUGAGACAAGUUCUGAACCUGGUUGCUUAACACCUGCACCUCGUUCGACGCAGCCUUGCAAUGAUCACAGCUGUCCCACGUGGCUUGCAGGCGCCUGGUCAGGGUGUUCAGUGUCCUGCGGUGAAGGUGUUCAAGUUCGUGGGGUCGAAUGUACCCCAGCUGGUGGCGGAUGUGAUCCAGCGACAAGACCAGAAAUCUCCAGAUCAUGCUCAACAGGCAUAAACUGCCCGAUAUACAGAGAGCCUGAGGAACCUGAGGACGACAUAGAAGCACUACUCCCAGGUGUAGUUUAUCACACCCAGCCCUUAAUACAACAAUAUCCAGCUGCCGAAAGACUCGUAGGAGAACCAGACGUACCCGUUGAAGCUACUUACAUAAAAGAUGACGAAUGGACACCGUGUAGCGUAACAUGUGGCGAAGGAUGGCGGAAAAAGGAGGUGCAUUGCAAGAUAUUCUUAGAAUUCAGUAGGACCAUAGCAAAGUUACCUGAUAGCAAAUGCAUGGGCCCAAAACCAACGGAAGAAACCGAGAGGUGUGUCAUGGAACCUUGCUCUAUGGCAUACGGAACUUCGUUUGGAGAUUCAAGUGCACCUGCUUAUAACGGUGGAGACAGCAGGUCGUUGAUAUUCGGUACAUCGAGUAACAUAAGAGUAGCACCAGGUUCACCAGGGAAGUCCUAUUCUUGGAAGGAAAAGGGUUAUACCAGCUGCAGUGCAUCUUGUUUGAGCGGUGUACAGGAGCUUAUAAUACAAUGCGUCCGAGACGAAGACGGCAAGAACGCGUCUCCAUACAUGUGCGAUCCAUUGACAAAGCCGGAGAAUAGGGUGCGUACCUGCAACGACCACCCGUGUCCGCCAAGGUGGAACUACACGGAAUUUUCUCAAUGCACCAAGUCGUGCGGAAUCGGCAUUCAAACUCGCGAAGUCACCUGUAUCCAUGAGGUAACGAGAGGUGGUACAAAUACCGUGGUGGUACCAAACAGUAUGUGUCCUCAACCUCCACCACCUGACCGUCAGUACUGCAACGUACUUGACUGUCCUGUCAGGUGGCAUGCCGGCGACUGGUCCAAAUGCUCCAAGACUUGUGGAGGAGGAGUCAAGCAGAGAGAAGUGAUAUGCAAACAAAUAAUGGCUCAGUCGCACGUAGUCGAGCGACCGUCGUCUCAAUGCAGUUCACCGAGACCUGCGACAACAAAGUCGUGCAACAGUCGCCCGUGUCUGUUGGAUACCUCGUCGCCAGAAAUAUCAUUGGCAAACUCCUCAUACAUACAGCAUGAUCCGAAGAAGAAAAAGGUGACAGUAAAAGUGGGGGGUUCAGCGACGAUAUUUUACGGGACACAGGUGAAGAUAAAAUGUCCGGUCAAAGGUUACAACAGAACCAAAAUACAGUGGGCCAAAGAUCAUCAGAUUAUAACCAAGUCGAAGAAAUACAAGAUAUCUAAAAAGGGAGCUCUCCGUAUAACUUCUCUUUCCCUCCGCGACCAUGGAGUCUAUACUUGCGUGGCGGGAAGGUCAAGCGCAAACCUGACCUUACUUGUGAAACCUCGCCCGGGUGAAUUCCCAUCCAGCGAGGAAAUUGAAAGACAUAAGGCCUUGGACGAACCUUCCUCACCACUUUCGGACAGAGCGGAUGGUAGAUAUCGAGCGAUGGUAGGUGGUCGAUCUGACGAUCAGUCCCAUGAACAGCGACCACCAGACCAGAAGAAGAAUUACAAGAGUCGACAGAAAGGCAAAAUUGACAAAGUACGUGACGCGUUAUAUGGAAGUGCAACAACGAAAGCCUCACCAAGUUACUCUCAAGCAAGAGAUAUUUACGAUGAAAAUGAGAAGAGUGCUGUAUCAUCUCAGAUGCUCCCGCCGAAAAGUAACGGCGCCUCUCGUCUAUUACCAUGUCUGCACUAUCUUGUUAUGCAGCUUCAGAGGUUUUGGAAUUUUCAGACAACCGGAAAUUCGAGGGGUCAAAGGAUGGUUGAUCCCAUCAUCAUGUACCAGAAUUACGGAUCACCAACACAGGCGGAGGUCGUUAACCUUCAGGACAAACAAAUCGUUUUCCCUUACGACGAUGACUCGGACAUCAUAAUAGUUAACGAAGAUUACAACAAGAAAACAUUUGAAAGUACUGAUAAAUCUGACUUGAUUGAAACGACUACAACAUUAGAACCGCAAAAGAUAACCGCAACCGAUGUACAUGAAUAUAUUUGGACCACAACAUUGUGGUCGACUUGUUCCGCUCCGUGUGGACAAAGUGGACAUCAGAUAAGAGGUGCUAUUUGUCAACAUAAAGUCCAGAAUACUACAACAUCGGUAGUGACAGAUGAGUGUAUAUCACGUGGACUAACUGCGCCUUCAGUGAUGCGUAAUUGUGAGACUGAUGGAUGCGCAACUUGGAAGGCAGGCGACUGGUCUCCACCGAGAUGCCUUCUCAGUGGAACAGCUAUAAUCCGUCGUCGAGUCGAAUGUGUGAGCGAUAACGGUACGCUAGUCUCAGACUCGGCGUGUGUAUACAGCGAGCGACCCGAGCAUUUGCGUCGCGUACAACCUUGUAGAGCAGUCUGGUCUGUGGGUCCCUGGAGCAAGUGCAAAGGCCCUUGUGGUGAGAGCAAACAGCACCGCGUGCUGCGCUGCGUGUGGCGAGCACCCUCCAUACAAGGAAAUACACGCACGAGAAGAGAAAGACCUGCCGCCGCCUGUGUACAAGAACGGCCUCCAGUUGCAAGGGAUUGUAAGCAGAGUAACUGUGUCAGGGAUGCUGUUUGCAGAGACACCUCACGUUUCUGUGAGAACGUCCGCGCCAUGAAUAUGUGCGCGCUCCAGCGCUACCAGAGGCAGUGCUGCAAGACCUGCGAGGAUUAAAUUUGCAGAGCGUUCCACGAAAUUCUGGAAUGUUCCGGAAAAAUUCUAGAAAGUUCGAGAGUAUUUUAAAUCGUUGUCAGAGCAUUUAUUUAAAUGUUGGUACGGUGUAAUGUCGAUGAAAUUGUGUUUUAUUCUAUAGGCUAUUAAAAAUUGGUUUUCAUAUCAAAUUCUUGGCUGUUUUGUCUGGAUGUUAUUAAAUGUUGCAACUUGAUGGUCUUAGAAGAAUUAUUCAGAAAUAUUUCUGAUAGCUUUGCUAUAUGAAGCUCUGCUGGGUUAUUUUUAUUCUAUUAACAUAAUAUUUUUUUUUUAUGUUACAUAAGUUUUGGAACUGAUAGAUUUAGUAAACUAACUUCAGCACGUUGCCUAGUCGUUAUUUCACUUAGUAUUUAGACGACACGAUAACGAUACGACAUUCUGAUCGUUUGUUAUAAAAGCUUUUAAAUACAUCGGAUGUCAUGUAGGAAAAAAUCUUUUACAGAUAAUAUUUUGCAUUUUAAAUUUAAAGACACCUCAUACUAUUAUAUAUUGUCUUAAAUUAUAAUUUACUUCUUUCCAUUAAUUUUUAUUAUGGUAAUGAUUAUUUUUAUUUUAUUAUAAAAAUAUAUAUAUUGAAAGAUGUAAAUUAAUAAAAAAUUAUAGAAUAAAUUUAUUUAAAUAUAACAAAAUAUUUAGUAAAAAUGUUUUGUACUAUAGAUGUAAAUAAAUAGGCAUAAUUACUACGCUUAAUAUUAUAUGCACAAUAUAGCUACGCAAUGAGUGUAUAGACGUUAGCGAAAUUUGCCAAAAUUGUGUACACUGGCGUAAAAAAGUGUUACGUGAGAAAUUAGUAAAAUCACUAUUUAUUAUGACGAGAUGACAAAAGUGUCGUCUCAGCUUUAAGACAUGUAAAAUAAUCUAUAAAAGGUAUACUAAAAACAUUCUUGAUUAUUGGAAGCAAUACUAUAUCGCUUAAAUGUAUAUAAAAUAGUUUAAUUGUGUGCUCGUUAUCCACAACAUUGAAUGUGGUUAGUUCGACCAUUAUAGAAAAUUUUAUUCAUCUCUAUCAUUAAUGUUUGUCAAUUCUAGGUUUUUCAUACAUUGGAUAAUAUGUGAAGUAAAUCCUGGGCGACUUAAGUUAUAACAGUGGCUUGAAGAUCUUAACAUAAUAUAAGUGAACUUUCAUAUCGAUAUAACUGCCAUACGAUUGAUACUUGUGUCGCUGUUUGUACUUUACUGCCUGAGAAGCCAAAAAGCGUUGUAUUGGAAAAUGAAUCUUAUGUUCAGAGCAAAGGACUCAUUCUCGUUUGUUUCUUACAAGCUUUGAUUAAUACGUUGCUCAUUCUCAAAUAGUAAUUGCGACCUAUAAUGCUUUCUGAGAUUUGUAUUUCAAUACAACCUCCCCUUUCAAUCUUCAAUAUUUUUUAAUAUCCUUAAACUAAGACCGAUAUUGUACAUUGUAACAAAAAAUUUCAAAUAUAAAAUAUAUUAUACGACUAAGUUACUGAA